AUGGGACGACUCGGUUUAAGCACCACGGAGAGCGCCCGGCUUCUGCUGCUCGGUGUGCUGGCGCUGUCCGUGGUGCUGGCGGAGCAGGAAGGGGAGAACCUGUCCGGUCUCUCCACCAACCCGGACAAAGCCAUCUUCGCGGUGCGGGAGAACGGCACGACAUGCCUGAUGGUGGAGUUCGCCGUGAGAUUCCUCGUGCCAUAUGACGUGCUCGCGCUCAAUGGGAUAGACCUGAUCACCGAGCAGGCGGCGUUCACUCUGCCUCGUGGGGCAGAAAUCGAGGGUAAAUGUGGGAGCACCGAGUCGGAGAUCCACAUAACCUGGAACAACAACGCCUACACGCUCCGCAUCUACUUCUCUAAGGAGUUCCGUGACAAGGGCAUUGAGGUGUGGAAGAUUAGCAAAGUUCAGUUCCUCUAUGAUACCUCGGAGACCUCGCAUUUCAUCAACGCGUACAACCCUGGGAAGCACACGGCCAACACCCACCGCCUGUCGGCCCUGGUGACCCCCGCCGGGCUCUCCUACGUGUGCCUGGCGCAGCAGACUCUCACCCUCAUCUCCACCGACCACCAGAAGGGCGUCACCGUCUCCAUGUACGACACCCAGAUCCAGCCCUUCGACAUCGCCUCGGACUUCAUGUUCAGCGAACCCUACAAGUGCAUCACUGACCAGCGGGAGCGCCUGGAGGAGACCCUCCCCCUCAUCCUGGGUUUCAUCCUGGCCCUCAUCAUCGUCAUCACGCUCACCGUCUACCACUUCCACCUGAAGCUGACGGCCAUCCCGCCGCAGCUGCCCAGAGACCGCUCCAUGUACAAGAACAUGUAG